UCAUACUUGUCAAUCAUCCCGUGUUUUCAUCAUCAAUUCCUUGGGGAGAGAGAGAUAACAAAUUGUAAGUUGCUCGAAUGGGAGCCCUGAAUUUGACUAUCCAGGUUCGGAAUGUUCCUCCGGCCAUGACUGCCGCAGAUUUGGCGACAUAUUUCUCGUUCUGUGGGACUGUGGAUAAGAUCCAGCUCCAGAGGAACAAAGACAAGCCCCAAUCGGCACAGGUGACGUUCAGGCAGCCAUUCGCGUUCCGGACUGCUCUUCUUCUCGAUAAUGCUACCGUUGAUGAGCAACCAAUUCGAGUGUCGCCGUGGGAAGGUGACAUCAAGGAUGAUCAGGAAGAAACUUGGCAUGAUCCGGCUGCCCUUCAUCCCGAUGAAGCCGUGACGCCAGGAGGCACCACCAACAUAUGGGACAGGACUAGGGACAUGUUGGAGGAGAAGUACAAUCUGUCCGAGAGAGGCCAAGAGCUGGUCGACCAGGCAUGCUCGGCGAUUCACACCGCGGAAAAUGCAGCAGAAAGCUUCCUAUCUUUGCUGGAGGACCAUCCCUACGUCGCCACCGGUCUGAUGUUCGUAUCUGGGGCGCUUUAUGAGGCUGCAAAGUACGCAGCUCAAGUGGCGGCUACGACAAAGAGAUUGAUCUCCUCUAUAACUCCAGGACUCAAAGAUUUACAGGCAUGACAUAAUACUAGAAUAUAAUCCUUCAGUAAAUUGCUGAAACAUCUGAUAAAUGAUGAAUGUAAACUUCUCUGAUUCGACAUAAAAUUUAAGAUCGAGUAUUGAUUUAGAAAGUGUCUAGUUUCUAGCGGAUCAUGGUUACACUGCAUUCGAACUGAACUAGAUUUAUUCGCCCA